AUGUAUGCGCAGUCGAGCAAACCUGAUACAGGCGCAUCCACCCGAGAGGAUCGUAAACAAUGUUGGGAGGCGCGGGACCAGUACUUUGCUUGCUUGGAUAGUGUUGGAAUACUGAAGCCUGGGGAUGAGAAGACUUCUGUUGCCUGUUCCUCAAAGAACAAGGCCUACGAACAAAAAUGCGCUAAAAGUUGGAUUGAGUAUUUCGAUCAAAGACGGGUAAUUGCAGAGGCUCAGAAGGAUAGAUUGGCGCAGGCGAAUACACAGGCUGAGAAUUCAAAACGUUAG